AUGUUUUUACGUCCCACUUCGGCUGCCGACGUCAAGUUGUUCAUUGUUAAAGUUCUGCACAACCUGACGAUAUUUGUGGAAGAAGGAUGUACCAGCAGCUUCCCGCAGUUCGGUGACGAUGAGAGCUACAAGCUGAACACCACAAAUGGCGGUGCCAUUCUCAAAGCUAUGCAGGUCUGGGGUGCCCUGAGAGGCUUGGAAUCAUUUGCACAGCUCUUCUACGAUGAUAAUACAAAAGUGCGAGAAGCUGAAAUUCGUGACUAUCCAAGAUUCUCACAUCGAGGAGUUUUGCUUGACACAUCCAGGCACUACUUGUCGGUGGAUAUACUCAAAGCGAACAUUGAGUUGAUGGCGCAAAAUAAAUUCAACACCUUUCACUGGCAUAUCGUUGACAUCGAGUCAUUCCCGUACCAAUCCAAGGCGAUCCCAACGUUGAUUCUCGGCGCUUAUACACCUAGGCACAUCUAUACACUAGAACAGAUUAAGGAUAUAGUAGAUUAUGCGCGAUUACGAGGGAUUCGAGUGUUGCCGGAAUUCGAUACACCCGGCAUCAAGGGCUUGUUGACCAAAUGUUAUGAUAAUCGUGGUGCUGUAAUUCCCGGUAUGGAGAAUAUAUUGGAUCCAACGAGCACAAUUACAUGGGACACGUUGACUGCUCUUUUUGAGGAAGUGUUUUCAACAUUCCCGGAUAAUUAUGUGCAUCUCGGUGGAGAUGAAGCAAACUUUUGGAUGGAGCCGUGCUGGUUAAAAAAUCCCAACAUUAGCCAGUUUAUGAAGACUUAUGGGUUGAAAGAUGGUCAUGGCUUAGAAGUAUGGUAUUUCCAAAAAUUACUCAAACUUCUUCACAGUCUACCGUCUGGCGCUAGUAAAAAAUAUCUUGUAUGGCAGGAGGCCAUAGAAGAAACAGAGCAAACAAAAGAAAAAAUCGUGGAUAACGGUCUGGUAGCACAUAUCUGGAAAAGUAAUGAUAAGUUGAAGUAUGCAACAGAAAAUGGUUACUAUGCAAUUCUUUCGGCGUGCUGGUAUCUUGAUUACAUCUCGGCAUCCGCCGAAUGGAUCACUUACUAUCUGUGCGAUCCUCAGGUCAGCAACUGUUUUUAUUGUUAUUGUCCAUACCGCGGUGCCAUGAAUAUCAGCUUCGUAGAUGAGCCCUUCUUCGCCGAUUCCCACCUGUUCCCGUUCGAAAGAGAAACUCGCAGCACGUUGAGGUCAGGAUUUCAUUCCAGCAUCUUGCUAGAGCUCAGAUCUGUAUUUGAAUAACU